AUGGCGUGGACGAUUGAGACGGGUCGGUGCAAGGCGUGCCACUCGUGUUUGAAGGCAGUGUGCAAGACCCACAGUAACGCCCAUCUCAACCAUGACAAUGAGAUGGUGCAGAUGAUACUGAACAAGAUGAAGGCGAUGGGAAUGAUAAGCGAGAACAACUUUGUAUGCCUCAAUUGCGUCAAGGUCAAGUUAGUUCAGGUAUAUGCGUGUAAACCUCUUGUCGUAUGUAUGUAUAUGUGACGUGCGCUAUGUGUGUCUGUCUGUCAGAGUUGCAAACUAUUAGUAUGUUCAACGCUACCAAGAACCUGUGCGAGAACAAGACGAUGAAGCAGUUGGUGGACGAAUACCACAACAAUAGCGACGAAGCCCAGCAGAUGAACCUUAACUAA